AUGCCUCGUAAAGCAAAGGUCCACACGGAGAUGGAUGAUGAUGGUGAUGUCGAAAUAACCGUUAAACAACCUACUCCCCCUCCAACUUCCCCCUCAACAAUAAUUAAAGGUAAAAGUAAAAGCAAAUCUGCGAGCGGUACUAGGACGCCUCCUCCUACUGGACUUCGACAGAGGAUCAAAAAUACCGUAGAUGAGAUAAGUAAAGAGACGGAAGAGCUGCACGUGAGAUUGCGGAAGAAGGAUGACGGGCAUUACAAGCUCUUAGCUCCCGGAACGCCCUUCAACGAGAUAGACCUUAGCGAAUCGACGUUCUUCAGACAUGAUGGACAUAAAGGCAAACCUACCUGGAGUUCAUGGUUGUUCGGACGAAAAUUCGUCUUCCCUGCAGGUGUCAUAUUGGGUAUAUGUCUAGCUCUAUGGGCAGUGGACUUGACUACUUUACCCGCCGACAUGAAAGAUAUCUGGUCUACUUUACCUGCUGCCUUGGAUCCCAGAGAUUUAUUGGCUAAUCUGACUGUCGUCGAGGGCGCAAGGAGAGCAUUGGAAAAUCGAGAUUUCACAGUUGGUGAAUCCCUAGUCGAGCAAUAUGGUCUACAGAAACAUCAUCCGAUAGUCUUGAUCCCGGGGAUUGUAUCGACAGGAUUGGAAAGUUGGGGUACGGAAAGUGUGGCUAGGCCCUUCUUCCGAAAGAGAUUAUGGGGUACUUCGACGAUGAUACGAGCCGUGUUGACUAAUAAAGACAGAUGGAUUCAGGCGUUAUCUAUCGACCCUGAGACUGGAUUGGACCCACCUGGGUUCAAGAUCAGAGCUGCUCAAGGGCUGGACGCUGCUUCCGAGUUCAUCCAAGGAUAUUGGAUAUGGCAGAAGAUCGUGGAAAAUCUGGCUACGCUGGGGUACGAUACUAAUUCGAUGGACAUGGCUGCAUAUGAUUGGCGAUUGGCAUAUUAUAAUCUAGAAACAAGAGAUGCAUAUUUUACAAGAUUAAAAGGUAGGAUAGAAACCAUGAGGAGACAUAAUGGUCAGAAGGUCGUACUUUGUUCGCAUUCCUUGAAAUGGGUGGAAUCGGAUCCUAAGGAGAACGGAUUUGGUGGUGGUGGGGGCGCGGCCUGGGUUGAGGAAAACAUCGAAUCCUGGAUCAACGUCGCUGGAACGAUGUUGGGUGUAUCAAAAGCCAUGACGGCGUUCUUAUCUGGAGAGAUGAGGGAUACUGUCGAGCUGCAUCCUGCCGGAUCAUGGGUUUUGGAGAAGUUCUUCUCACGCAGAGAAAGGGCCAAACUGUUUAGAAGGUGGCCAGGAUCAACUUCGAUGUGGAUGAAAGGCGGCAAUCGAAUAUGGGGUAAUGAUAGCUCUGCUCCGGACGACCCAACUAAUGCCACUGAUACACACGGUCGAUUCUUCUCGUUCCGUCAUCCUGGUACUUCCGAGGAGGAGUCCUCGUUGAAUAGAUGGACUGUUUCUCCCAACUUGACUCUGAAUGAGGCUGGACCUUAUGUUCUGACUCAUACACCGCCGAGUUUCCAGAGGAUGAUGGAAAGUAACUAUAGUGUAGGGUUCGAGAGGGAUGAAGAGCAAUUGAAGAGGAAUGAUAGGGAUCAUACUAAAUGGAGUAAUCCUCUUGAAGUCAGAUUACCUGAAGCUCCGUCGAUGAAGAUAUUUUGUUUGUAUGGACAUGGCAAAGAGACAGAGCGAUCGUACUGGUACAUGCAAGGGGAGUACGAGCAUGAUGAUACGCGCUCUGACGCGGAGAAUGAAGAUGCAUAUUGCGAUACCACCGACCCGUCAAACGGGUGCGACAACUCGACCACCCUCCGCGCACCUUUAGAUUUUCCCUUAUCGCGUAAACACUGGAUAGAUUCAGUGGUCACCGUCAAAGGUUCAAACCCCGAAGUACGAUCCGGUGUGAAGUUCGGUGAUGGGGAUGGGACAAUACCGGUGAUUAGUUUGGGAAGUAUGUGUGUGAAAGGGUGGAAUGGAACUACUAGGUGGAACCCUGCUGGUAUCGAGGUUAUAACACAGGAAUACCUACAUUCACCUGAAAGUAUGGAUUUAAGAGGAGGCGCACAAACAGCGGAUCAUGUAGAUAUCUUAGGAGCCACACCACUCAACACGGCGAUACUGAAGAUAGCUGCUGGUAGAGGUGAUCUGGUGACUCAACAGAUUGGUUCGGAGAUUUUCGAGUAUGUCAAGAAGCAGGAUUGGGAUUAG